ACGAGCACGAACAGAAGACCCGGCCAACGCAAGCUCUGAAACCUCUCUUAUCUCCUGGUCUUGCAUGCACGAUCACACGUACACUCCUCUCCUACAAAAGUGGCGAUCGGCGAGUGUGCCUCCGACCACUAGCUACCACCUGCCUGUCUGUCUCGAUCUGCCCUACACCAAUCGCCAUGAAACAUCCUCUCAUUGGUUUCUUCACCAGCUAGCUAGAAUCACAAGACCUCGAUCGACCGAGUUGGCCGGCCGCCUGAAGGAACCAACCGAUCGAUGGGCAAGACGAGCACCGUGUCGUCGUGGCUGUGCUGCCCGUGCCGGUGCCUCUUCUGCGGCCUGCUGAGCUGCAUCUUCAGCGUCCUCGCCACCAUCCUCGUCAUCGCCGGCGUCGUCGUGCUCGCCCUCUAUCUCCUCUUCCGACCGCACCUCAUCCAAGCCACCGUCGCGUCCGCCGACCUCAUCGACUUCACCCUCACGCCGAGCACCUGGAUCCUCCGCUACAACCUCUCUGUCGCGCUCUCCGUCCGCAACCCUAACUCCCGGAUCGCCAUCCACUACCAGUCCGUCGUCGCCGAGGCCUACUACCAGGGCCAGGGCUUCGCCCGCGCCGACCUCCCGGACUUCUACCAGGACACCGGCGAGACCACCGUCCUGCCGCUGCCCUUCGCUGGCGAUCACCCGCUCGAGGGCGGGGUCGCCGCCGCGGGGUUCCGCAAGGAGGCCAUCGACCACGCCUCCUUCUCAGUCGACAUCAAGCUCAGCGCCAAGAUGAAGCUCAAGGUGUGGGCCUUCAGGGUGCCGGGGCCAAAGCCCAGGGUUGACUGCCCUCUCAACAUCCACCGACGGAACGCCUCCGCACCCGCCGCCGACGGCCCGCAGGAGUUCCACCCCAUCGAAUGCCGCGUCUGGUUCUGA